GGCGGGCGGCCGGCGUCAGUACGCGCGCGCCCUCGCUAUGGCUCGGUGGGUGCCGGCCCUCGUGGCCCUGCUGCUCGUAUCCGUCGUCUCCGCCGCGCGCAAGACCGUGCCCCCCCCGCGCAUCGAACCGCAGAUCGAGGAGGUCACCGCCAAGCAGCUGGAGCGAGUGCUGGAGGACAAGGACUACGUGGCGGUGUUCUGGUAUGCCAGGAGCUGUGUCACAUGCGAUAAAGUUCUAGAAGAGCUAGAAAAGAUAGAUGACGACACUGACACGUUCGGCGUCGACUUCGUUAAGAUCAACGACAAGAGGCUCGCCAAACAGUAUGGCAUUACGAAAUUCCCCGCCCUCACGUACUUCCGUGAGAUGGAACCGAUCAUUUACGAAGGAGAUCUCAUGGACGAAGAGAGCGUCUUGGAUUUCCUGACGAGCUUAGAAGCAAUGGACCUUCCAGACCGGAUAGAAGAAGUCAAUCAAAAGAUCCUAGACAAAAUAAUCGAAGACACCGAAUACGUAGCUGUUCUCUUCUGUCCUGAUCACAAAAAUUGCGGCCCGAUGAACAACAAACCUGAAUGCAAGAAAUGUGCAAAGGCUUUGCAAGAGUUGGAGAAUAUUGAUGACGAAGCAGAUCAACUCGGUAUAGGUUUCGUAAAAAUUCACGAUGAGGAACUAGCCGAGGAGUACAGUCUUGGAGAUUUGCCAAGAUUGGUGUACUACAGGCAUCAAAUACCUAUUAUCUACGAAGGUGAGCUCAGUAGAGAAGAAGACGUCUUAGAAUGGCUCAUUGCAAACAAGUCGACUGGGGAUGAAGAAGAUGUGAUCGAGGAUGUAACGGCUAAGACUCUCAAUACUCUUAUAGGAAAUGUUGACAAUCUUGUUGUUGUGUUUUAUGAUCACGGUGAUGAGGAAUCGAUGACAGUUCUGGGAGAGUUGGAAAAAAUUGAUGACGACUGCGACCGACACGGAAUUCAAUUUGUCAAAAUUGACGAUAAAAAAGCUGCUGAAGAGUUUGGAAUCGACGAUGUUCCCUCAAUAGUCUACUUCGAAAAGCAAAUCCCCAAUGUUUACGACGGUGAUCUCGAGAACGAAGAAGAAAUUUUAGUUUGGCUCGUUGAUCAGUUGGAAAAGGAUGAAAUUGAAGAUGUUACCGAUGAGAUGCUCGAUCGACUUAUCAAGGACGGGAAAACUGUAGCUGUGUUAUUUUAUGAUAACAACGAUCGCAGGUCUCAAAAAGUGCUGAAUGAGUUGGAGAAUAUUGAUGAUGAAUGUGAUCAGCUGGGCAUUGCGUUUGUGAAAAUCGACAAUGAUGAAGAAGCAAAAGAAUAUGGCAUCGAAAAAGUUCCUACUCUGCUAUACUUUGAGAAAGGUAUACCGACAUACUAUGAAGGAAAUUUAGAAGAAGAAGAAAAAGUUCUUAGUUGGCUGCAUCACCAAACUGAAAGCGAUGAAAUUGAAGAUAUCACUGAUGAAAUGCUCGAUUUAAUCAUUGAGAAAAUGCCCUACGUAGCUGUUUUGUUCUAUGAUAAGGAUCAUAAGAAGAGUCAGAAAGUUUUGGCUGAAUUAGAGAACAUCGAUGACGAAUGUGAUCAGAAUGACAUCGCUUUUGUCAAGAUCGACGACGAUAAGGAAGCAAAAGAAUAUGGUAUUGAGUCUGUUCCAACAAUGGUGUUCUUUGAAAAAGGAAUCCCGCAUAUUUAUGAAGGCGAUUUGAUGAAAGAAGAAGAGCUUUUGGGUUGGUUACUGCAUCAAAAACGUCACAGUGAGAUACCGGAAGUUACUGACGAGAUGAUGGACAAACUAAUCGAAACAGCUCAGUAUUUGGCGGUUAUCUUUUAUGACAAAGACGAUAAACAAGAUAUGAGAAUUCUUAAUGAGCUAGAAAAUAUCGACGAUGAUUUGGAAAAAGAAGGCAUUGUUAUUGUUCGGAUCGACAAUGACGCUGAAGCUAAAGAAUAUGGUAUUGAUCAUCUACCUACACUAGUUUACUUUGAAGACAAUAUUCCUGCAAUUUAUGAAGGCGAUCUUUUGAAUGAGGAUGAGGUCCUAGAGUGGCUUAUUGAACAAAAGAACAGCGCAACGAUCGAAGAAGUAACGGAUGAAAUUUUAGUAGAUUUAAUAGAAGAACAUGAAUACGUCGUCGUAUACUUCAGUGGAACUUGUGAAGAAGGUGAAGAAUGUGACAACAUAUUAGAAGAAUUAGAAAAUAUCGACGAUGAGCUUGAUGAAACGGGUAUUAUCUUUGUAACCACCGAAGACUUAUCCUUGGCUAAAAAAUACGGAAUCAAGACCUUCCCGACGCUUGUUUUCUUUAGAAAUAAAGAACCUCUAAUUUACAAAGGUGAUAUCGAAGAUGAAGAUGAGGUAUUGGCAUGGUUGACAGAUGAAGACACUCUGGAAAUACCUGGAAAGAUUGAAGAAGUAAAUGCCAAAAUGCUAGAAAAAAUCCUGGAGGAAAAUGACCAUAUUGUUGUCUUCUUCUACAAAGAAAAUGACAAAAAAUCUCAGAAAAUAUUAAGUGAACUAGAAAACAUUGAUGACGAAUGUGAAGAGAAAGACAUCGAUUUCGUAAAGACUUCAGACGACGGAAUUGAUAAGGAAUAUGACCUCCCCGACUUGCCCGCAUUAGCUUUCUAUCGGCAUAAAUUUAGAACUAUCUAUGACGGAGAUCUAAUGCAUGAAGAAGCAAUUCUUAAAUGGGUUUUGGAUCUACAUGACUCGCAGCCUGAUGUUAUUGAAAAUGUUGAUAGAAAAACUUUAAAGGAUCUUAUUAAUGAUGUCGAACACCUGGCAGUAUUUUUCUAUAAUGAGAAAUGCGAUACUUGUGAAGAAAUUCUUGAGGAGUUAGAAACUAUUGACGAUGACACAGAUAAGCAUGGAAUACAAUUUGUUAAGUCGAAAGAUUCGAAGCUGGCGUCUGAUAUUGGUAUUUUCAGUUUCCCUGCUUUAGUUUAUUAUGAAACUGGAGUGCCGAUCAUGUAUGAUGGAAACUUAUUGGAUGAAACUGAAGUUCUUGAUUGGAUGGUUAGUCAAAAGGAAGAUGAGAGCAUCGAAGAAAUAGAUAGAGACAAAUUAUUUAAAUAUAUUGAAACAAAAGAAUUUUUAGCUGUUGUCUUUUACAGAGAUGAUGAUCCUCUUAGUCCGAGAAUACUGCGUCACGUAGAACUUAUCGACGAUGAAGCUGCCGAAUAUGGUAUAAAAAUUGUUAAAUGUAGCGAUCGGUUGAUGGCGAAGAAAUAUGGAUUUAGAAAUCCACCUGGUAUAACAUACUUUAGAAAAACAAAAUAUAUAAACUAUGAUGGCGAUAUGGAUGACGAAGAAGAAAUACUUGACUGGCUAACAAAUCCAGAAAACAUGGAGCUAACGGAUCACAUUGAGAAGGUCAAUCAGAAAAUGUUCCAAAAAAUAAGACAAACAUCUGACUACGUGGCUGUAUUCUUUUACAGUAAUGACUGCAAACAAUGUCCAAAAGUACUAGCGGAAAUCGAACAUAUAGACGAUGAUGCUGAUGCCGCUGGUAUUAACUUCGUCAAAAUAGAUGACCGACAGAUGGCUAAAGAAUUUGGGGUGUUUGCCUUACCUGCCGUACUAUUCUUCAAAUUGAAUUCUAAGGAACCCGUUAUAUAUGCAGGUGAUUUGUACGAUGGGCAACAACUGCUCAGUUGGCUACUUACGCAGAAGAAUCCUGCAGGUGAUGUUAUAGAAGCACUCGAAGGUCAAGAAUUAUUGGAUUUGAUAGAAGAAUCGGCAUCUUUAGCGGUUUAUUUCUGGAAUAAAACAUUGUGCGAAUUGUGCAAUGCAAAAACAGCGAAAAAGCCGAAAAAGAGUAUUAGAGAACACGACGACGAGGAAGGGCAGGAGAUAGACGAUUCUCUUGAUUGUGAGCAAUGUAAUGGAAUCCUGGAAGAGCUUGAAAAUAUUGACGAUGACUGCGAUAGACAUGGAAUUAAAUUCGUUAAAACUCAAGAUUAUUCCAUAGCAGAAAGUUACGGAGCGACUGACUUUCCAGUUUUAGUAUACUUUGAACACAAUAUACCUAAUGUAUAUGAGGAUUCUUUGGCUGAAGAGGAAGAAGUUCUUCAAUGGCUAAUUACUCAAAAAACCGAAGAUCGCAUCGAGCUUAUAACUAGAGUAAUGUUAGAGAAAAUGGUAGAAGAGACACAAUAUCUAGCAGUUUAUUUUUACAAAUUAAAUUGCCACAUUUGUGAUCAUAUACUUGAGGAAUUGGAAAAGAUUGACGACGAAUGUGACGUAUAUGGUAUUCACAUGGUUAAGAUACAAGAUCCACAGCUUGCGAAGAGAUACUCUAUAAAGACAUUCCCAGCAAUGGUUUACUUUAGAAAUGGCAAUCCUCUUCUCUUCGAAGGUGACUUGCAAAAUGAAGAAUCUAUACUAGAAUGGCUGAUUGAUGAUGACAAUCGUGAAUUAGCUGAUGAAAUUGAAUCGGUUAAUGAUCGAAUGCUUGAGAGACUGCUUUACGAAUCACAUUUACUUGCAGUGUUUUUCUAUGACGAGGAGGACUGUCCAGAAUGUCAAGAUAUUCUCGAGUCUCUCGAACAGAUCGAUGGAGAAGUUGAUCAGUUUGGUAUAGAUUUUGUUAAAAUAGCUAGUCCUGAAUCAGCUGCCAAAUAUAACAUAAUCAAUAUACCUUCGCUUGUGUACUUUCGAAAACAAACUCCAAUGUUCUACGACGGCGAUCUCCAUCAAGUGGAUAGAGUUCUCCAAUGGUUAACAUCUCAAGAAGUUUUUGAACUAAAAAAUGAAAUUGAGGAAGUUAAUCGUAAAAUGUUGGAUAAAUUACUGGAGGAAAACGAGUUCCUCGCUGUUUACUUUUAUGAGAAUACAGCUGAGAGUCGCGCAGUUUUAGACAAACUAGAAAAAAUUGACAGUGAGACCGAUAAUUUGGACAUAACAUUUGUAAAAAUGCAUGAUCCUCGUUACGCCCGCAAAUGGGGUGUCACUAAAUUGCCAGCUAUUGUUUACUUUAGGAAACGCUUCCCCAGUAUAUAUAGAGGUGACGUGAUGGAAGAAAAUGAGGUAUUAGAAUGGCUGCGAAAGAACAGAUUCAGGCAGCCAGAGCUGAAUAUAUUCAUGUACGCAUUGAUAGCUCUAUCAAUAGCGUUCGUUAUGUACACCGCGUUUUUGCUUCAAUGCUUUAAACCCCUCGCGUCAACGACAACACAGCAUCCAAAGCAGGCGUGAUUUAUUUUUACAGGUUUUAGACCUAAAACUUUCGACUGUAACAAAAGCCUUUGGCUUAAAAUAUAUUUCGACAUCCACCUAUAUACAAAGAUUUUAUUCCAGUAUUCUAACUUAAAAUAACAACGUUGUAUUCAUAAUUUUGACGCGGUUUUGUUUCGGUGAUUUUUUCUUAUUCUAUAAAAUAUGUUAACCUUACUUUCUGAUGUGAUCAGCUAUGAACAAUUUUAUGCUGUACCACAGAGUGGUCAGGUAAUACUAAGUCAAUGAAUAUUCAGACUAACAAUAAUAUGGGAUCAAACUUUAUUUUACAUUAAUAGGUUUUAGAAUGAAAUGCUUUGUUACUUAAUUUAAACACAUCUAUCGUGGGAAACAACAUAACACGAACAUUAAAGUUUUUCAUUUAAUUAUAAUCAUUUAUCUACUUAUUCUGCCUCCUCUGCUAUAACAGAAAUUAUACGGCAUUUUUAUUUCACUUAAGACUGUAUAAUUUUUUACUUGGUGCCAAUUUUUUCGUUGUGUGCAACACCAAGUACUUCCUUCUUAUUAUAAUAUGCAUGUGGGUUUUCUAUUUUAUUGUUGUCAUGUUUAUUCGUUGAAAGACGGUAUUAAACUUCAUUCUCGUUAUAUUUUUAUCCAUUGAUUUAAUUUAAUCGAGAAACUUGAUGUCUCAUUAUUUAAUUAAUUUGAAUG